AUGUCCAUUUCCCACAUCGAACACCUAAACCGCCAAAAUGUAUCGAGACGAGUUCAAAGGAGGUUUGGGUUUAUUUUUGUCGCUUUUCAUGAUCUACUCAAGCGAGGUGGUGAUCUGCAGGGGGAGGUCAAGUCGCCCAAUUGGUUAACGGACGCCGUUUGGGACUUGGACUUCUCAUCCGGUUUAUCUGACAUUCAAGCUACUCCAACUAAUUCAAAUACAUCUCAAACGGACCUUUCUUCUCAUGUUAAGCCAAACGACGAAGUAGCCAAAGCUCCUGCAGCAGACGAGGACGAUGAAGACGAGGAGUUUAUUUAUCCCGGGUCAAGGGAAGAAACGCAGCCUGAACCUCCACAAGAAACCCCUGAAACUCCUGCUUCAACCUCCGUA